GGCCCUCACAAGCAACAAAAUUAUUUUUUUAAAGAACCCGAUUAAGGACUUUAUUAUUUUUUUUUUUUUUUUUUUUUUUUUUGUGAAAGGUUACAAUUUUGCCAAAUAGAUGAAUAAAAAAUUAAAUGGAUAUAUAUAGACGAUUAGCAAUAACAUUGGAUUUUCUUCAGUGCCAAAAUUUUCGAAAUAUCCCAAUAAAGGAUUAAAAUCCAACGACCCCAGAAUCCUUCUAUCAGAUGAAAAAUCAGCCAAAUUGGGCUACUGAACUCACAAAUGUUUUUGUUUUUAUUGUUGUUUUUUUUUUGAUAAAAGGUUUUUUUUUUUUGUGAUCCUCUUCAUUUUUCUUCACCAAUUCCAUUAUCCAAUUUUAUCUAAAAAAAAACAAAAUGACUUUCCAUAACUACACCAGCAUCAACUUCGUCAAUGGCUACAACCCUACCACUCCUGCUGUAAGAGGAAGACCUAGAGUAAACGUACCUGCUCCUGCUCCUGCUGCUGCUCCUGCUCCUGCUCCUUCAACUGAGCAUUCUACCGAGCCUUCUGUUGGUCCUUCUGUUGGUCCUUCUGUUGGUCCUUCUGUUGGUCCUUCUGUUGGUCCUUCUGCUGGUCCUUCUGCUGUACCAUCUGGAUCUGCAAACGAACCCUCUGCUGAAACCACUUCUUCUUUUGGACCUGUUCCUACUAAUGGAUCUGUUCCCACUGCCCAGUCUUCUGCAGCCGCUGGAUCCGUUCCUGCAACUGGAUCAAUGCCAUCCGCUUCUUCUGGACCUAGUUCAGCCGGUUCUUCUGAGCCUUCAUCUUCUGCUCCUUCUGCUGAGAAUAAUCUUGUUGAUGAGCCUUCUCCUCAGGUCAACACCAAUCUCAAUUGGGAUUCUGCGAGCACACAUGUUUUGAUCGAGUUGUUCCCUGAGUACAUUGUAAAAGUCGGUGUUACUCGUACACCUCAAGCAAAGUUAAGUCUGACCAAAGCAACAGAGGAUGCUUUCAAUGCCAAUGGCGCCAUCAACGGUAGAAGAGACAUUGCAGCUAUGAAGACCAGGUGGAACAGCCUUUGCAGUACAUAUCGAACCAGAAGAGAUGCUGCCAAUGCUACUGGAAGUGCUCCUCUUCCUUAUUGGGAAUUUCACGAUUUGAUGGAGCAGGUAACAUCAAGAAUGCCAACGAUGAAUCCACCUGUUUCGUACAGUUCACAUUCAGGAGAAACUGUGGAUAGCCGAGGUAAUUUUCCUGCUGGAAGACGAGGUCGUGCCGGUGUUGAUGAUGAUGAUGAUCAAGAAGAAGAAGGUAGAAGACCUACCCAACGUCCUCGUUAUGUCAAUGCCUCAACAUGGUUCAUGGCUGGUCAUUUGGAGGCUUUGGAAGACCAAAACCGAGAGGAAAGAGCACGAGACCGUGAAAUUGCCAACGAGCGUAGGGCUGUCGAUGUGGCACAUAUGGACCGUGUGUAUGCCCAUACCAUUGAUAGAGAUGUCUUUGACCGGGAUAUCUUGCGUGAGACAAUGGUUUUGAGACGUCAAAAUUCUGGAUGGCAAAGAGAUGCAAGCUUGGCCAUAAACCGCAUGGUGGAUUUGUUUGCUUCUUCUCUCCCUCGUCCCGCUCCUUCUCCAACGCCUGCUCCUUCGCCCACUUCCGUUCCUUCUCCCACUUCCACCCCUUCUCCCACGUCUGCUUCUUCUCCCCCUCCCCCUCCUAACAAUUCCCCUCCUGCCGCUGAUCCUUCAGUUAAUAACAAUUAA